AUGCAGAAGGAAAAAUUAGUUCGGGCAUAAAUCAAGAAGGAAUAAAAUAUUACAACAACAUUAUCAAUGAGCUUCUCACUAAUGGUCUAGAACCAUUUGCGACCCUUUUCCAUUUUGAUCUUCCCCAAGCCUUACAAGAUGACUACAGUGGCUUCUACAGCCCUAAUAUUACGUUUAAGGUUUGAGGAAAUAGCAGGAGCUGAUGUUUGGCAUUCUGAUGUUCGAGUGUUUUCAGUACUUGACUCAGGUUCUAGUGAAAUCUUAGGUUACUGCUACCUUGAUUUGUUUUCAAGUAUAGGAAAACAUAUUCAAAAGAGAUGGAUAGGCUUGGAGGUUUGUGGGGUUCUCUUCCAUUAGCACUUCUUUUGUUGUUAGGAGCUGCUUUCAAUUCAGCACCUGGUGCCAAUGCUUGGAGUAAAGAGGGUCAUAUGAUAACCUGCAAAAUUGCACAGUCACUUUUAGAGCCUGAGGCAACAGAAGUUGUUCAUCAUUUGUUACCUGAGUAUGUUAAAGGACACUUAUCAGCCCUUUGUGUAUGGCCAGACCAAAUAAGGCACCGGUACAAAUAUAGGUGGACAAGUCCACUUCACUUUAUUGACACACCAGAUGAUUCUUGUUCUUUUUCUUACUCAAGGGACUGCCAUGAUCAGCAUGGAGUGAAGGAUAUGUGUGUUGCUGGUACUGUAAAAAAUUUCACUUCUCAGCUUUUGCAUUACAGAAUGUCAAUCAGGUAGUAGGAACAAUGGGGUAUGCAGCUCCUGAAUGUGUUCAUCAUCUCCUCUAAAAAGUGUACAUAGAAACCAUAAAGUUCUAUACCAUAUGAGUGGUUUCUAGCUUAGCUUGUAUUGUUGAAGAAAUUUUAGAAAAUUCUAAUGAUGCUACUCUACUAAUGUUUCUAAGACAUGAAUGUAAUUUUCACUCCAUAUGAAUGUAUAACUGUACAUUAUUGAA